AAUCUUUACAAUAUACAUCUGAUAAUAAUACAGAUGGUUCAAGCACAGAUAUUACCACCCUUUCUCCAUCAUUUGCAUUAUUUGCAAAAAUUCAUUUAGUAGAAGAAUGGCAACAGGCAACAUCAGUGCCUUCUGAACAAAUAUUCUCAAAGGCAGGUGACACUAUCCGGGCUAAACGUGUACGUUUUUCUGAAAAAAGCGUACAGACAUUAAUGUGUACUGGCUCAUGGUUGGAACACGGCAUUAGAUUUCAAAGGGAUUGA